AUGUCGAACCACGGCGAGACAACACCCGGUGGGAACCAACCCCCCGAUCCCAGAUCGGGGAUAGGCGAUAACCCUCCCGUCGACAACACGCCGGUCGGGAACGCCUCUCAGGACAGAGCAAUCAUCAUAACAGACGGAGAGUCUGGUGUUAUGAGACGACCCAUCUCCGGCUCGCCGCCGAUAUUCAUAAGCAACGAGGAGUUACUCAAGGAGUUGCAUUACUUGAGAAACGAAGCAAGAGAACAGCAAGCGCUCAGAGAGCGAGUCGCGCAACUAGAGGCCCUGGUUCCCGGAACACAUCGUUCCGGGAAGCAGCCCUUUGAAGAGGAAAGUCAGUCAGGUCAUCGCGAUGAUAGAAGGGCUGUAAUUGUUCCACGAAACUUAUUCGCGUCAGGCGGCCAAACUACUACCGGAGGAGAGGGCGUCAGGGACGGAGGAAGACCCCCGCAAGAUAGACGUGCGACCGCCCAUCUGGAGGAGGCCAGUCGAGAUGUUAACGCUCUGGCGGAAAGAUAUCGAGGAAGAGUCAGUAGGGCGGAUCUUUUGGCCCUGAUCAAAGAUCUUGAAAGCAGACCUGAAUAUGCGAAUACCGGGUCAAGAACGGCAGGCACGGGUCGAGAAGGACAUAGGAAGGAGAUUCCGCAUGGAUCAGACCCAAGAAGCUAUGACAGAUCGCAAGAACCCCGGGGUUUGGGAGGAAGAUCGGAGCAAGACCCGAUCGUGCUUGAAGGACGGCAGAGUCAGGGAGGAACGCGCGAGCAUGCGACGUCUCCGGGCAACGGAAAGACUCAUCAUCAGGCAAAUCUUGAUCAGACCAUUGCCGAUCCGCAUAUUCAAGUCUCGUCUCAGGCCAAUGCUCAUGCCAAUCCGCAUAUUCAAGCCUCAUCUCAGGCCAAUGCGCCCCCAUCUGCUCAGACUCACGCCAAUCAAUCCAAUCCUCUCCCCUCGGCAAGUGACUUCAUGCCUACUGGAACGCUACCAUCGAUGACUCAGUCACAGCCAAACGUUCAGACCAUUCCAGGCAUCGGAGCCAUUGAUAUCAACAGCCUAAGAAAACUUCUGGCACAUUUUGAUGGAAGCCAAGCGUCUCUUUCAAGCCAAGCCCUAUCACCCUUCUCUGCUGAAGUGAUAGAGGCUCCGUUGCCGGCCAAUUACAGAAACACCACUUCCGAUUUAAAGUUUCACGGCAACUCAGAUGCUGUAGAGUUUCUUGGAAGAUUCAAUGUUGAGAUGGGUGUCUACCAGAUACCGGACCCUGUCAGGUGUAGACUUCUUGCGGCCACCUUCAGAGACAGUGCCUACCAAUGGUUCCGGAAAUUGGAACCAGCAUCCAUCACUUCUUGGACAAGCAUGCAGACUAUGUUCUUGACUCAGUUUCAGGCAACCGUCAAAUACGCUCCACCGGUCACCACUCUGGCAAAUAUCAAACAGAAGGAAGGGGAGACUCUUCAUGCCUACUUCAAACGUUUCAAUGCAGAGUCAUCCAAUGUUCGGGGGGCAACUGAUGAGACACUGAAGAGCUUCUUGGUGGCUGGGCUUCGAGUGGGAACUGAUUUUUGGAAGCACUUGCAAGGCAAUGAUCCCAAGUCUCUUGCAGAUUUAUAUGCAAGGGCUGAGGCAUACAAAAAUGUUGAACAGUCGCUAGCUGAGAGUCGGAAGAACGAGAGAAGCCCUGGUAAGACCCGACAAAAGAGAAGGGACCGGUCCCCAAGUCCAGAACAAAGGGGGAGGCGACGAAGCCCCAACCGGGUCAACACAAUGUAUAGAAGGAACUAUACACCUCCUCGAGAUCAUGAAGAAAGGGAAGAUCGCUGGACACCACUUGCCGCGCCAAUCGAUCACAUCUUCGAAGUUAAUCGUGACAAGGGACUCUUCCGCAGGCCGGCUCCACUAAAUUCUUGGCAAGCCAAGAAUAAGGACAAGUACUGUGAAUACCACGAGUCAACAGGGCAUGAUACCCAUGAAUGUAGACAACUGAAAGAAGAGAUUGAAUUGUUAAUCAAAGAAGGCCAGCUUAAUGAAUGGAUAGUACGAGAAGCCCGGUCCCGACGGGAUAUUCGAGCCAAGGAUAGAAGGGGGCUUGGCUAUACUGGCGAUCAAGAGAGGGGAAAGCAAGAGGAUAUCCAGUUCGUUAAGGAAGGAAGCAUUCAUGUAAUCUUCGGAGGGCCACAUUUGGCCGGUGAGGGGACCAGGGCAAUGGAGAGAUAUGCAAAGGAGGCAAAAGGUAGGCCCCUUACUAAUAUACAUAAUUUGUCAUCUAGACCGCCUAAAGUCUUUAGAGGUGAAGCCAUUGACAUUACUUUUUCAGAGGAAGAUGCUAGAUGGGUUCACCACCCGCACAAUGAUGCCCUGGUGAUCGCUCUUCGUAUUGGUCCAAUGAAUGUUCAUCGUGUACUUGUUGAUAAUGGAAGUUCUGUCAACAUUCUUUAUUAUGGCACCUACCAGAAGCUUGGCCUCCCUGAUAAGGAUAUGAAGGUUGAGGAUGUCUAUAUCUAUGGAUUUGGUGGAGAGGCUGUAAAGGUAAAGGGGACAAUCCGGCUCCCGGUAACUCUAGGGGAAGGAACAUGCUCAGCCACUCAGGUUAUGGAUUUUAUGAUUGUCGAUCACGACUCAUCACACAAUGCCAUUGUUGGGCGACCGUUACUAAAAGAGAUGAGGGUGGUCACAUCAAUUUAUCAUUUGUCUAUGAAAUUCCCAACACCUGGAGGGAUUGGAGUUGUGAGGGGGUGCCAAUAUGACUCCAGAGAGUGUUACUUGCAAUCUCUUAAAGGUUUCAAGAAGGGUAGACCACUGAAAGAGCCCCUUGUUGCCAACACUGGUGGGGAGGUCAAUAUGACUUACUUUGUCCAAUUUCCUGAUGAGGGAGAUAAUCUCGGGCAAUCAAAAGGAAAAGAACCAAUGGAAGUGGAUUCAGAUGCCGAGCUUAAGCCUUGCUCUAUAUGGGAAAAAGGAGAGACAUCUGGAACCAAAGAGGAGUCUGACCUAGACCCAAGGUUGCCCUUAGAGUCAACCAAGACCGGUCCGGCUGAAGAUACCGUUGAAAUCCAAGUUGGGGAGGCCGGAGAGGCCAAAACAUUGAAGAUAGGGUCUAAGCUGAAAGGAGAGUUGAAGGCAAGCCUUAUCCGUUUCUUAAGAAGCAACUUGGAUGUUUUUGCUUGGUGUCAUGCUGAUAUGGUAGGGAUCGACCCAGAAGUAAUGAGUCACCAUUUAAACAUUGACCCUACCAAGAAAGGGAUGAGACAAAAGAGAAGGCCUGUUAGUGGAGAAAGGGCUCAAGCACUGAAGGAAGAAGUUGACCGGUUGUUGGGUGCUAAGUUGAUCAAGGAGUCGUUUUACCCUACAUGGCUGGCUAACCCGGUCCUUGUCAAGAAGCCUAAUGGGAAGUGGAGAACUUGUGUCGAUUUCACAGAUCUGAACAAAGCAUGCCCAAAGGAUAGUUUUCCACUCCCGAGGAUAGACCAGUUGGUGGAUGCCACAGCAGGACACGCUCUGUUAAGUUUCAUGGAUGCCUAUUCAGGGUACAAUCAGAUACCCAUGCAUGAACCAGAUCAGGAGCACACUUCAUUUAUAACUGACAGAGGACUAUAUUGCUAUAUAGGGAUGCCAUUUGGACUAAUCAAUGCUGGCGCAACUUAUCAACGCCUUGUAAACAUGAUGUUUAAAGAUCAGAUUGGUAAGACUAUGGAGGUUUACGUAGAUGACAUGCUGGUCAAGUCCAAGGAGGCGCAAGAUCACAUUCGGCACUUGUCUGAAAUGUUUGACAUACUUAGGAAGUAUCGAAUGAAGUUGAAUCCCCAGAAGUGUGUAUUUGGAGUUGAGUCUGGUAAAUUCUUGGGGUUCAUGGUAAAUCAUCGAGGGAUCGAAGCUAAUCCUGCAAAAAUCAAGGCAUUACUUGAUAUGAAGUCUCCUCAGAAUGUGAGGCAAGUUCAGAGCCUUACAGGAAGGAUAGCGGCAUUAAAUAGAUUUGUGUCUAAAUCCUCAGACAGAUGCAAGGAGUUCUUUAAGGCUAUCAAGGAGGCUGGGAAAACAUUUGUAUGGACGGAGGAAUGUGAAGAGGCCUUCCAAAAGAUAAAGGAACAAUUGGGAAAGCCACCUCUCUUGGCCAAACCCGUAGAAGGGGAAACAUUGAUCUUAUAUCUGGCCGUUUCAAGAUACUCGGUUAGCGCCGUCCUUGUAAAGGAGGAGAGGGAUGUUCAACUCCCGGUAUACUAUGUUAGCAAAAGGCUAUUGGAUGCUGAAACAAGAUACACUAGCAUGGAAAAGUUGGUAUACUCUUUGAUCUUGGCAGCAAGGAAGCUUCGUCCAUACUUUCAGGCACAUAAGAUUGAGGUAAGAACUUCAUACCCUCUCCGUCAGAUUAUGCAUAAACCAGAAGCAACGGGAAGACUCAUGAAGUGGGCUGUUGAGCUAGGACAGUUUGACUUGGAUUACAAGCCUAGAGCUACUAUCAAAGGCCAAGCCCUGGCUGAUUUCUUGUUGGAAUUUGAGGAUGAUAUUCAAGAGUGGGCAAUAGUACCGUAUAAUCCAGUUGUUGAACCCAUUAAAGGUCUUUUAGUGGAAGAUGACACAUGGUGGAACUUGCAUGUCGAUGGAGCUGUCAACUCUGACGGGGCUGGAGUUGGUAUAGUUUUGGUUAGUCCCGGGGGGUGUCGGUUGUUGAGUGCCAUCCACCUAGGGUUCCCCGCAACCAAUAACGAUGCAGAAUAUGAAGCUUUGAUCAAUGGUCUAUCCCUAGCCAUAGAGAUGAAGGCCAGGAAUCUUAUCGUGUAUAGUGAUUCUAUGUUAGUGGUUCACCAGGUAAACGGGGGGUUCUUGGCUCGGGGUUGGAGAACGAACUUAUAUAUGACCCAUACGCAAGAGCUGAUGAAGAAGUUCAGAGAGGUACAUUUGGAAAAGGUUCCUCGCGAGAAAAAUGAAGGUGCUGAUGCUUUGGCCAAGGCCAGUUCUAGAAGGGACACCAAGUUAUUAGGAACCAUCCAAUUCUGUGUUCAAGAGAAGCCCAGUGUGACAGAAGCACAGAAGGUCACCCGGUUCAGAGGAGAUCUGAUGGAAGUAGAGAAGGAAGUCGUGGAUACUUGGAUGACUCCAAUACUUAAGUUCAUCCAGGAGGGUCAACUCCCAGAAAGUAUAAAGGAAGCCAGAAGUCUCAGAUACAAAGCAGCGAGAUUUGUGAUAUAUGAUGGUGUCUUAUACAAGAGGGGGUUUAACCAGCCGCUGCUGAAGUGCAUUGCAGGGGAGGAGUGCAAUUAUAUCUUAAGGGAAGUGCAUGAAGGAAUAUGCGGCAAUCACUCGGGGGGUAGUUCACUUGCACUGAAGAUCCUUAGGCAAGGAUAUUACUGGCCAACGAUGAGGAGUGAAGCAAGCAAGUUCGUGCAAGCUUGUGACAAGUGCCAGCGAUUUGCCACAUAUUCAUCUCGUCCUGCAGCAAGUCUGACUCCGUUACUCAGUCCAUGGCCAUUCGCUUUGUGGGGGAUAGAUCUCAUUGGAGAGCUUCCAAAAGCCAAAGGAGGAGUCAGAUUUGGUAUCCCGUACAAAUUGAUAUCUGACAAUGGAAAACAAUUCGACAGCAAAGAGUUGAAGAAAUUGUGCGAUGACCUGAAUAUAAGGAGGAACUUUGCUGCCGUGUACCAUCCACAAAGCAAUGGACAGACUGAAGCAAUCAACAAGAUCAUCAAACACACGCUGAAGGCCAAGUUAGAAGAAAUGAAAGGUGAUUGGCCGGAGGAGCUUCCAAUGGUAUUAUGGUCAUACAACACUACGCCGAGGACAACCACUGGGGAGUCGCCGUUCAUGUUGACCUAUGGUUGUGAAGCAAUGGUUCCAGUAGAGGUCGGAGCAGGUUCCUUUAGGAGAGACCACUUCCAGGAAGAGGACAAUGUUGUUAACCAGAGGCUACAUCUGGAUAUGCUGGAGGAAGUCAGAAGGGAGUCGCAAGUCAGGUUGGCAGCAUACCAACAAAGGACAGCCCGAUUCUACAACAGUCGAGUCAAGCCUAGACCAUUCAAAGUAGGAGACUUAGUGUUGCGCAGGAUGAUGCCAGGGAUGAAGGUGCCAGGUCACGGAGUGUUCGGGGCAAAUUGGGAAGGACCCUACCGCAUUCGGGCUGAGAUCUUUGGAGGAGCAUACUACUUGGAAGACAUGCAGGGGGAGCCCAUCUCUAAGGCAUGGAAUGCUGAGCACUUAAAGAAAUACUAUCAAUAGAAGCAAGCUGUAAUUGUUGAGAACAAUAGAAGAUGGAAUGUAUUUGCUGAUCCACUGAUGAAAUAAUAAUACUAGUAUAGUUUGCUUGAUUCUGCCAUUUACUCACAUACGGCGCGCCUCAUCUUAAGGCGCGCCCU